AUGGGAUUGAUCACCGCCUCAUGUGAUGCUUCUAUUCCACGACGGAAAAGGCGAGGCUCUCAUAGACCGGCAUAUUGGUGGUCACAAGAGAUAGCAGAGCUUCGAAAAUCAUGCCAUGAGUUACGUCGGCGAGCAACGAGAGCUGCAAAACGCUCUCUCACUCAAGAUCUACCUUUGUCCAAAUACAAACAGGCCAAGAAAAACCGGGCCAUUAAAGCUAGUAAAGCAAAGCUGUGGAGAGAAAUCUGUAACAACCUUGACGGAGACAUCUGGGGAAAAGCAUACCAUAUUGUUGUUAAACGACUCGGAAAGGCUCUACCAGAGUCGCCGAAACCUCCUGCAUUGAUGAACAGCAUUGUAGCGGAGUUGUUUCCCAAAUACCCGCCGCGGGAGAAGAGGCAUUAUGCAGAAACAACGCCUUUCACAAUAAAGAAACUGCAAGAUGCAGCAAAGAUUCUCAAAUCAGGAAAAGCAUCCGGCCCUGAUGGCAUUCUGACGUUGGUGAUUAAUACUGUAGCCCUGGAUUUCCCAGCCAUACUGCUGAAUGCCUACAAUGCAUGCCUGGAAAUGGGCACGUUUUCUGCGAUCUGGAAGCAACAGAGUACUACUGGACAAUGGCAAAGCCUCAAAGCCCGCAAGGUGUGUCUGAUCCUCACAUUAGACAUCAAAAACUCCUUCAACAGUGCAAAUUGGGGUGACAUCUUGGACGCUUUGGAGCACAAAUUUGACGCGGAUCCAGCAAAUCUUGCCAUAGUUCAUGACUAUCUGAACGAAAGAACGCUGUUAGCGGAAACGACGGAAGGCACACAAGAAUAUGAGAUAACGGCUGGCGUGUCACAAGGCUCAAUUAUGGGGACCGACCUAUGGAACACGGACUACGACGAGCUCCUGGAAUUCCCGCUACCAAAGCAAGUGGAACUCAAGGGCUUUGCGGACAACGUCACGGCUACGAUAGUAGUUGACAGUGUAGAGGAGGCAGACUUGAUGGUCCGAGAGACUAUUGACACAGUUGAAACUUGGCUCGAGAAACACCACCUGAAACUCGCCAAGCAGAAAACCGAGAUGGUCGUCCUGACUCGUCAAAAAUGGUUCCCAAAACCAUUCACUGUAGACGUGGGAGGCACAACGUUGACGACAACAAGGGCUCAGCGUUAUCUGGGGGUAAUGAUAGACGAAAAGCUGUCUUUCAGAGAACAUCUUGAAAACGCAUGCACGAAGGCUAACAGGACAGUGUCUAGCUUGUCAAGAAAAUUUGAAAGAGUGAAACUCUACGACGCUAUAAGAAAUGGUGACAACUCCAAGGAGGCAAGAACGAGGAUAAAGACGGAAACGCUACAGGAGUGGCAAGAUCGAUGGACGUCGGGAGAGACGGGCAGAUGGAUGGCACGGCUGAUACCGGACAUCAACGUCUGGCUCUCUCGAAAGCACGGAGAAACGGACUUUUUCCUGACACAGUUCUUGAAGGUCCACGGCCGGUUCAACGACUACCUCUUCAGGAUGAGACUACAUGACAAGCCAACGUGCAAAUAUUGCCUGAACAAAAUCGACGAUGCCGAACACACGUUCUUCGAGUAUGCUAGGUGGAAGGACUACAGAAACAGCGCCGAAGAGAUGAUAGACGCCAGGCUCUCCCCCUCAAGCCUGGUGACCUAUAUGAUCACACAAGAAGAAAACUGGUCAGCUGUCGCAGCUUAUGCACAGCACCUUCUGAGAGAUAAAAUCAACGAAAGGGAUCAGUAG